UGUACACACUGAAGCGCUAUCUAUAACCUAUUGUAACCGUAUCUCCUAACCUACAAUCGUUGGCGCCUUACAAACGUAAGAGUCCGGUGAUUUUGUGAGAUAUUCUUAAAUGCAAACGUUUUCUUACUAUUAAUUAAAAUGGGUGGUGUCGAAAAUAAUGGAAUCAAAAUCAAUAAAUGGGAUGGAUCUGCUGUAAAGAAUGCAUUAGAUGAUGCAGUUAAGGAUGUUCUUACAAAAAAAUAUAAUUACAUAGAAAACUUUGCUCUUCUUGAUGGAAGACUGGCACUCUGUGGAAUCGCAGUGAUAAUAGCUAUAAUCGCAUUACUUUUUGACUAUUUAUAUCCAUUUCCAGCAUCUAAACCUGUUUUAAUAGUUUGCGUAUCAUUAUAUUUUGUUCUAAUGGGGCUUUUAAGUCUUUAUACGACAUAUAAAGAAAAAGGAAUAUUUGUUGUUGCUAUUCAAAGGGAUCCUGCGGGUUUCAAUCCUGAUCUCGUAUGGGAAGCAAGUUCAUAUAUGAAAAAGUAUGACGAUAAAUAUAUUCUCGUAUUAUCUGUUAGAAGUCCUUCCUCAGGGAUUACUAAUGAAACUACUGUAACAAAAUCUGUUGCAAAUUUCAUUGAUGUGAAUGGUGUAAUAAUACCAGAAUUAAUAGAAGCUGUUGUAACAGAUAUGCAUGACAGUAUAACACGUCAGCGCAAAGAAAAGUAGAUCAUGAUUAUAUAAAAGUAUAUGAUUUUUAUUUUAAACAUACACUUCAAACGAUUUAUAUCAUUUUUCAUUUAUAUAUGUGCGAUACAUCAGAAAGAAAUAAAAAUAUUGGUUAAAACUCUGCGUUUAUAAAAGAUAAAAUAUAAACACAACAGAUAAUUCUUUAGGACAUUUUUCUAAAUGUUAUGAUUCAUAAUACACAUGCAACAAUUUAUAGAAAUUAUAUUACAUUAUAUUUGUUCAAUGUGAUAUUAUAUUUUUUGUAAACAUGUCCAAAAUAUUUAAAUUUAUACAAUGAAACACAGUAUAUCAAGAAUUAUUAUUAAUAGUUUAGAUUCAUGGUUAAAGAUCCAUGCUUCAGUUCGAAAAAGUUGAAUAGAAAUGACAGUUCUUGAAUUAUUCAAAGAGUAUGGUUGAAAUUAUAUGCUUACAUAUAAAUAAAAUAAAACCACGUUGUCUUAACCGUGCGUCGUAUCAUCUUCAACAAAGUCUGCCGCUUCUUCUCGUGACACACAUUCAACGUGCGAUACUUUAUUUCUAAAUUUAACUCCAUAAAAUUUAUUGGCAUGUUGCAAUAAUUCCGGCCUGUAAUAUGAUUAAAUAUAUAGAAAAUCUUUUAUACUAAA